UACGCCAUAGGAAAGCGAAGGGCCAGUCCUUUCCGUUUUCACGUCGGCGGCGCUGAGAGCGGCACCAGCAGCCACCGCCGCCAGGGAGAGGGGCGGGCUGCGAGCAUGGGGCUGAGCCGGGCCUAGCGGGGCGGCGGGCAGCUGCUGCCAUGAGCGGAGCUGCUAGUGGUGAGGGGGGGAGCGGGGACCCCGCAGCCCGCUGGGGGAGAUGGAAGCUGCUGGCCCUGGGCCUUCUCUCCGCCUCCUCGGUGCUGGCAGCCGCCCCGGGCGCCGGAGCCAUGAGCAGGGAGGAAAAGCGGCGGCUCGGGAAUCAAGUGUUAGAAAUGUUUGAUCAUGCUUAUAGCAAUUACAUGGAACAUGCCUACCCAGCUGAUGAACUCAUGCCUUUAACUUGCCGUGGACGGGUUCGGGGUCAGGAACCAAGUCGUGGGGAUGUAGACGAUGCCUUGGGAAAGUUUUCACUGACACUGAUUGAUACCUUGGACACUCUUGUGGUGUUAAAUAAAACCAAAGAGUUUGAAGAUGCUGUAAAAAAUGUGAUAAAAGAUGUUAAUUUAGAUAAUGACAUAGUUGUAUCAGUGUUUGAAACUAACAUAAGAGUCCUUGGAGGUCUUUUAGGUGGGCACUCUGUGGCAAUUAUGCUGAAAGAAAAAGGUGAAUACAUGCAGUGGUACAGUGGUGAACUUCUCCACAUGGCAAAACAACUGGGCUACAAACUUUUACCUGCUUUCAACACUACUAGUGGUCUCCCUUAUCCAAGAGUUAAUUUAAAAUUUGGUUUAAGAAGUCCAGAAGCUCGAACAGGAACAGAGACUGAUACCUGUACAGCUUGUGCAGGUACCUUGAUACUUGAGUUUGCUGCUUUAAGCCGAUUCACAGGAACAUCAAUAUUUGAGGAAUACGCACGGAAGGCACUUGAUUUUCUUUGGGAAAAAAGACAACGCAACAGUAAUUUAGUGGGAGUUACCAUUAAUAUACAUACUGGAGACUGGGUCCGCAAAGAUAGUGGAGUUGGAGCAGGAAUAGACUCGUAUUAUGAAUAUUUAUUAAAAGCCUAUGUCUUGCUUGGAGAUGACCGUUUCCUGGAAAGAUUUAAUACACACUAUGAUGCCAUAAUGAGGUACAUUAGUCAACCACCUCUUCUGCUUGAUGUUCAUAUUCACAAACCAAUGCUAAAUGCUCGGACCUGGAUGGAUUCUUUGCUUGCGUUCUUCCCAGGCUUGCAGGUAUUGAAAGGUGACAUUAGACCUGCUAUUGAAACUCAUGAGAUGUUAUAUCAGGUGAUAAAAAAGCAUAACUUUCUUCCUGAGGCUUUCACAACAGACUUCAGGGUUCAUUGGGCUCAGCACCCUUUAAGACCAGAAUUUGCAGAAAGCACCUAUUUCUUGUAUAAGGCUACUGGGGACCCUUACUACCUAGAAGUAGGAAAAACACUCAUUGAAAAUUUAAACAAAUAUGCUAGAGUACCUUGUGGAUUUGCUGCAAUGAAGGAUGUUCGUACUGGAAGUCAUGAGGACAGAAUGGAUUCUUUCUUCCUGGCUGAGAUGUUUAAAUACCUUUACCUGCUCUUUGCUGAUAAGGAAGACAUGGUUUUUGAUAUAGAAGAUUAUAUCUUCACUACAGAGGCUCAUCUACUGCCUCUUUGGCUCUCUACUACAAACCAAACAAUGUCUAAGAAAAAUACAACAACAGAAUACAUGGAGCUGGAUGACAGUAACUUUGAGUGGACAUGUCCGAACACCCAGAUUCUCUUCCCAAAUGAUCCUAUGUAUGCUCAGAGUAUCCGUGAACCUUUGAAAAAUGUGGUGGAUAAGAGCUGUCCUAGGGGCGUUGCCAGAGUAGAAGAGAGUUUUGGGAGUGGACCAAAACCACCACUGAGAGCCAGGGAUUUCAUGGCCAGUAAUCCUGAGCAUUUGGAGAUACUGAAGAAGAUGGGAGUCAGUUUGAUUCACCUCAAAGAUGGAAGAGUACAAUUAGUGCAGCAUGCAAUUCAAGCAGCAAGUUCACUUGAUGCUGAAGAUGGUUUGCGAUUCAUGCAGGAAAUGAUUGAACUGUCCAGUCAGCAACAAAAAGAGCAGCAACUACCCCCACGUGCUGUUCAAAUUGUUUCCCACCCAUUCUUUGGCAGGGUAGUAUUGACAGCUGGGCCAGCACAAUUUGGAAUGGACCUAUCCAAACACAACGUAGGGACAAGAGGAUUUGUUGCAACCAGUAAACCUUACAAUGGAUGCUCGGAGAUCACUAAUCCUGAAGCAGUGAAGGAGAAAAUUGCUUUGAUGCAGAGAGGCCAGUGCAUGUUUGCUGAAAAGGCACGAAACAUCCAAAAAGCUGGAGCAAUAGGGGGCAUUGUUAUUGAUGACAAUGAGGGAAGCAGCAGCGACACUGCUCCUCUAUUCCAAAUGGCUGGUGAUGGAAAGAAUACAGAUGAUAUCAAAAUCCCCAUGCUCUUCCUGUUCAACAAAGAAGGAAAUAUUAUACUUGAUGCAAUCAGAGAAUAUGAAUCUGUAGAAGUGCUUCUCUCUGAUAAAGCAAAAGACAGAGAUCUGGAAAUGGAAAACCUGGACCAGAGGUCCUUUGAAAAUGAUUCACAUAAGCAGAGACCAGAAGAGACUUCAGCAUCUCAGGACCUCAGCUUGGCCAGUCAAGAGCCUGAGGGAGAAGGAAGUUCUGAUGUUACUCAUCUUGAUUCAUUAUCCCCUGUUGAUGCAGACAGUGAUAGCAUUUCCAUUUCAAACCAGGAGUCCUGUAUCACAGAAAUCCAUGAGGCUAAUGUUCAAGAGACAGAAAGUACAGAAUUAGAUAACCAGCCUCAGGAACAAUCUCAGACUGAGACAGAUUCCAGCUCCAAUGUUAAUUGGGAUAAUAAAGUCCAGCCUAUGGAAUCCAUAUUAGCAGAUUGGAAUGAAGAUAUAGAAGCAUUUGAAAUGAUGGAAAAGGAUGAACUAUGACUUCUAAUAACUUAUUUGUGGAUAAACAAAAUGGUGAAUUUGUUGGGUAAAAGUAAGGCCCUAAUAUCUAAGAAUUAGAAAUUGUUCAGUAUUGUGAUGAGCAACCAGGUUUCGCCUGGAUAAUAUAAUAGAAACCCAGCACAUGUUAUAAUUUAUAUAGUUUUAAUUUUUCCUGUUUUGAAAUGGGAAUGUGCAAUUGAACUGUUUGUAUGGCUCUGUUGCAUGGUGCUGUAAUACAGGAGGUUUCAUUCAGGGAAUUAAUCAGAUUUCUGCAUUCCAGGCAUCCGGAGAGCAGAUUGCCUUGGCCUCUGGAAAGGUAGAAGUUGAAUAUAAUGGGAUUAAUGCACCACUUGUUGGCUGGUUAUGGCACUUGAAGGCAAUAGUCAGAGGCUAUUCUAAUUGAAGGUGCAGUUUCACUGAUAAAGGCCUUUAUGGAGAGAAAUAGGUGAAAUUGUGAGACAUUUCCAGCUGUAAUGUCUUUAAGACACAGCUAGAAACAGCUCAAUUUGUCCUGACAUUUAUAUCCUAAUAAGAUAGCAGUGUUGCUUAUCACUCCUUCCAUCUGUUGUUUUGAAGAAUGACCAAGAUGACUUGGAUUUUUCCUCUUCUGCUCUUAUUUCAACUAGAGAGGCUGCAUAAACCAAAGGUAACAUGUUCUACUAGGAAGCUCUUUUAGGAAAAUUAAGAAAGCUUUGCUAAUUAGAGGACUAGUACAUAAAGGUUCACAGUGAUUAUGAAGAUUGUUACUUGAAUUAAGGUAAAUUGGGCAAAACACAUUUUAAUACAAUUUUUCCUUUUUGGCCUUCCAUGCUUAAAGUUAUCAAGCUUAAAACUACCUUAAGACACACAAUUUAGCAUUAUUAUUGUUCUCUGAUAAUAGAUGAGAAUUUCAAUGACAAUUUCUGUUUUCUCUACAAGAAAUAUCUGUCAACACUUGGGCAAGAAGGCUAGUAUCAAUAGUGAAGCACAACUGUUUACCUUUAGCUGUUGGGUCCAUAAUGCAAAAUUUAGUGGUGUGAAGUCAAAGAAUAAUUGAUAUGAUACUUCUGUUUUUUGUUGUUGUUGUUUUUUAAAUACAAGUAAGCAUGGUUCCUAAUUGAUCAUGUUUUCGGACGCAUCCGCCAAUUAAACCACAAAUCUGAUUAAGAAAACAAGAAGCAGUUAGCUUAACUGUGUCCAAAUUAAAACUGCCAAAAUUCUAGUUUAAGUUGAUCUAUAGACACGGGUUUUAGUUAAUUAUGGCUCAAUUCAGUAUUUAAUCUGUUUUUUCCUUUUCAGAGAGAGACUUAACACUGCCUAUAUCAUGCACCAGACUAAAACUGAAAGUUUUUAUAUUUAUAUAUAAUCUUUAUACUGGCAGACAGAUGUAUCCCUGUCUGAAGUGCACCUUUCAUUUUACUGGUGAGAUUAAAAUGUGCCGAAUAUGCAAAUGUCAAUCAGUUCAGCCAUACUGUAUUGUACUUAUGUAUAUUCAUAUAUGGUUUCAAGUCCCAGACAAAUGUUGUAUACAUGUCAUCUAACAGUGACACUUGCUCUCAAGAGUAUCAAAAUGCACAAGUACCUUUGAGAGCAUGUUUAGUCAAUCAUAAUACUAUACAGAAAUUGAAUGACAAUUUAACUGAAUAGAGGUGUAGUUAACUUUGAGAUAGUGAAGCAGUAGGGAACUAGUGAAUAAGUGUCCUUUUAAAACUUAGUUUUAAUUUCUUUGCACAAAUAACUAUGGAGGUUUGGGCUUAAUGUGUUGGUACAGUGCUGAAGCUUAAUACUUUGUCAUUUUAGACUGAGGGAUUGAUUUUAAAGGAUGGGAUUAUGCCUCAAAAUCUUUGAAGUGUCCUUUGUAACUUGGGUGCCCAGCUCAUGCAAUUGAGGCAUGCCUGGUAUGGCCACAGAAUCCAUUGACUUCAGUGCGUGUUUUUCUGGGUAAAAAGUGAUGUGGCUGCAAGUGGCCAAUAGCCCCAUAGGGUGGUGUAGUUCAGAAAUCCUAACUCUAAAAAGGAGUUAAAUAUUUCCAAACGUCAGAAUGUAGUGCCACUAAUAAAAGCUGCACAGGUUCUGUGUUUAUAUUCUCUAGUCGCUCCAUUUAGGUAUUUUUAAGGAUUGUAGGUAAAGUGGUUCUCUGGUCAUUACAUUAGCAAAAGGUUUGUCAAAUUAAAUUUUAAUAUGACAGCUCAAGUUUUCAGUUCCUUCCUGCAGAAAGUGAUUUAGUUUUUAACUCUAAAAUUUGUCUUUAGAAACAUUAUUAGACGUUGAUGCUCUAAUUCUCCCUGUCACCACAAGGUAAUCUUUUAUGACUGACUAACCUUACAUUAAGUGUAAACACCGGCACGACAGUUCUGACACAGGCACAUUCCAUCCUUUGAAGUGAGGGAUUGUUAAGAGAAUCCCUUGAUAUCAUUUUUGAAGCAUCUCGAGAGUGGUGGUCUACCUCAGAUAAAUGUUGUCCCCUUUUUUGAGAUAGUCACUUAAAAAGGUGAAGUUAAAUUAUGACCGCCAUAGAUCCAUGGUUUACAGAACUGAAUCAGGUAAAGUUGACCUUUUGGGAAAGAAAAGGAUAAAUUAGGGGACAAUUUUAUUCAGGUUUUUUCACUGUGUCUUUCCUAAUAAAGAUGGAAAUAGACUUUUAGUUUUAACCUCUUCGUAUCACUCUAAAAAUACAAUAAAAUUUUCUGUAACAUGUUAAUGCCAUUUUAAAAAGCAAAAGGAAUAUGUGAUUGAACAGAAGAUAAUUUUGGAGAGGGGAGUAGGGCGUACUUUGCAAAUUUUUAAAAACUUUAAUUGUGUUUAGAGAAUAUUGUUCUUGCAUCACUGUAAGUCAAUAUCGUGUAUGAUUGUGCUAUUUGGUUAACUAGAACACUGAAGAGUUUAGGAUUCUGAUUUAGAACUAGUACAUCUUAUUCCCUCAUGUAAUUCAAAGAACCAAUUUAAUAUCUCCUUUGAUGUUAAAGAGAUAUUCUCUAUUUACACUUAUUGUUUCAUAAUGAAGUUUUAAAAUAAGAUGAGCAUUGUUUCUCCUCCUCCUCCCACCAUGGUUUUAGCUGAAGGCUUAUCUUUAGUCAGUGAAACAGUGUGUGUCGAGAUAGUAAAUGUUAACAGGACACCUUAUGCAAAGGCUUCAGUCAGAACAUAGAAAAAACAUUCUGUGAAUGAAAUAUUGUAUGUUCAGAUUUUAUAGGAUUUUUUACCAGCCCGAUUUACAUCCGUAUAUUUUCUUAUGAUGUAACUUAUGAAAUAUCUAAUAACAGGUGCUGUAAUACUACUGUUGGGUUUUACUGUCUGGUGAUAAGCGUAUACAAUAUUUCUAAGAGCAACUGUGUACUGUGAUGUAAAAGUCUGGGCUAAAAUGUAUAUAAUCCUUGUAUAUAAUUGUGUACUGGAUUAUAAUUGCUGAUUGUAAAGAUUUAAUAAAAUAUGUAAAUAUUCUGGUCAAACUA